AUGAUCCUCUCAAAAUUAACAAAACCCAACCAUUUCUUCCAUCUCACAUUUUUUCAACGAUACAAAACUCUCCCCUUCAACAAACCCAAAACCAAACCGAGCCAUCCAAAAAAAGGUCACAAAAAAAGCUCAAGAAAGCGCAAAGAUUCACCACCAUUUGUGACCGAUGUGAAAGAAGCACGAGACUCAGAUGAGGCCUUGUCUCUAUUUCAUGAGUAUCACCAAAUGGGGUUUAAACCUGAGUACCCUUCAUACUCUGCUCUCAUUUACAAGCUUGCUCGUUGUCAGGAUUUUGAAGCUGUUGAGGAAGUUCUUGGUUAUGUACUAGAUAAUAAUGUUCAUUGUCAAGAAACCCUUUUCAUUGCUUUAUUUCAACAUUAUGGAAAAGCCCAUUUGGUUGAUAAGGCAGUGGAGCUUUUUCAUAGAAUGACUCUCUUUAACUGUGUCCGUACGUCUCAGUCUUUGAAUGGUCUACUUAAUGUUCUUGUUGAUAAUGAUCGGUUUCUUGAGGCCAAUGAGUUGUUUGAUAAGGCUCGUAAAAUGGGGUUUCGUUUAAAUUCGGUUGCUUUUAAUGUAAUGAUAAAAGGGUGGCUGGAGAAGGGUGAGUGGGAUCAAGCGUGCAAAGUGUUUGAAGAAAUGCUUGAGAGGAAGGUGGAACGGAGUGUUGUGUCGUAUAAUAGUCUUAUUGGGUUUUUGUGUAGAAACGGUGAGUUGGAUAAAGCAAAGGGUUUGUUAGAGGAUAUGAUUAAUAAAGGGAAACGUCCAAAUGCAAUAACAUAUGCUUUGUUAAUGGAAGGUUUGUGCUCCAUAGGUGAGCAUAAUGGGGCUAAAAAGGUGAUGUUUGAUAUGGAAUAUAGAGGUUGUAAACCUACAGUUGUGAAUUUUGGUGUUUUGAUGAGUGAUCUUGGGAAGAGAGGGAAGAUUGAGGAAGCAAAAUCUUUGCUUUCUGAAAUGAAGAGGAGGCAUUUUAAGCCGGAUGUCGUUGCUUACAAUAUAUUGAUCAAUUAUUUUUGUAAGGAGGGUAGAGCUGCAGAGGCUUACAAAGUUUUGUUUGAAAUGCAAAUAGCAGGUUGCGAGGCCAAUGCUGCUACUUACAGAAUGCUGGUUGAUGGAUUUUGUCGGGUUGAGGAUUUUGAGGGAGGUCUGAAGGUUCUGAAUGCAAUGUUGACUAGUGGACAUUCUCCGCGUGUUGAAACAUUCCGUUGUUUGGUUUUUGGCCUUGUGAAGUCUGGAAACCUUGAUGGUGCUUGCUUUGUUUUGGAGGAGAUGGAGAAGAGACAGAUGACGUUCUGUUCAGAUGAUUGGGAAGCUCUUGUUAUAGAAUCUUGUAGUGGAGUUGAAAGUAUAGGUGAACAUGUAAAUGAACUGAUUAUGGGAUGA